AGAAAACAUAUGAUAUCCAAAAUGGGAAAGCACAGAAAUCCACAACAAGAAAAAAUCUUUAUCGAUUUCAUGGAGUCGCACGUUGAUAUCGCUAAAGGUUACGUCAAAGGGGACCGUGUGGUUAAGGAAGCCUUGUGGGUUGAUUUGGCCAAAAAAUUAAAUUCAUGUGGACCACCAACCAAGGAUUUGAAUGGAUGGAAAAAAACGUGGGCAGACUGGAAGGUCUAUGUUAAAAACAAGAUGUCCCACAAUAAAAAAGAAAAUCUGAAAACUGGUGGUGGCCAAUAUAAUAAAUAUGUUCUUUCAGAUGCAGAGGAAACCGUGGCUAGACUGACGGGAAUCUACAGAAGUGUAGAUGGUAUUAAUUCCUCUAAAGAUUUCGGAGAAUCCACAAUUGAUUUGAUUCUAAAUGAAUCUGAAAAAGAAAAUGAAAGUGAAUGUGACAUACAUCUGACAAUAUCAGAAAAUAAUCUAAGUGCAGAAACUCCAUCAACAUCAAAACGAUGCAGACCAAAUACUUCACAAGUACCUUCAAAAGCGGAAUUAAACAGCUUAUUGGCAGAAGAAAAUAAUCAUUUAAAAUACAUAUUUAUGGUACAUUUACUUACACUGCCGGUGGAUAUGACAAAGGAUCUGAGGCAUCUCUUAAUGUACGCCGACGCAAUUUUUCCACUAAAUAUUGUCUCUUGCUUUCCACCAUUACAGCAACAAUUGAUACACCCGGCAUAAUUGUCUUAAUUUUUUCUUUUUACUUAUACACGUUUCUUUAAUUUUAAGUUUAAUUACUUUUAUUUUAUUAUAGAUUUUAAGUUAAAAAUAAAAUUUUUGCCGCAAAACGUUUUUUUUUUGUUUUGAA